UGAGAGCUGGAAGAGGACAAAUGCGUUUUAGAAAGUGGUCAGCACUUUUUCUAUCUCCUUGGAAAAACAGGAUUCUGGCAGCAGCAUUAGUUAUAGUAGAGCAGAAAGUAAAAUCUAAUGAAAGAUGAAGGUGGACCGAAGUAAGCUAAAGAAAACUCCCACGGAGGCUCCUGCUGACUGCAGAGCUCUUAUAGACAAGCUUAAGGUAUGUAAUGAUGAACAGCUACUGCUAGAACUGCAACAGAUCAAGACUUGGAAUAUUGGAAAGUGUGAGCUGUACCACUGGGUUGAUCUACUGGAUCGUUUUGAUGGAAUUCUUGCUGAUGCUGGGCAAACUGUUGAGAAUAUGUCAUGGAUGCUGGUCUGUGACAGGCCUGAGAAUGGGCAGUUAAAGAGUCUCCUGCUUGCUGUUCUCAACUUCACUGCACUUCUUAUAGAAUACAGUUUUUCCAGACAUCUUUACAGCUCAAUAGAGCACUUGACAACACUGCUGGCCUCCUGUGAUAUGCAGGUAGUACUUGCAGUGCUCAACUUGCUCUAUGUGUUCAGCAAGCGAUCCAACUAUAUCACCAGGCUUGGUUCAGACAAGAGAGCCCCAUUACUCUCUCGCUUACAGCAUCUAGCAGAGAGUUGGGGCGGAAAAGAAAAUGGAUUUGGACUUGCAGAAUGCUGCAGGGAUUUGCCCAUGAUGAAAUACCCACCAAGUGCCACUACGUUACACUUCGAAUUUUAUGCAGAACCAAAUGCAGAAGUCAAAGUAGAGAGAAAAGCAACAAGCAACACAUUGCAUUAUAUUCACAUAGAGCAGCUAGACAAGAUUUCUGAAAGCCCUUCUGAAAUAAUGGAGUCCUUAACCUUAAUGUACAAUAUACCGAAAGACAAACAGAUAUUGCUGUUCACACACAUACGACUGGCUCAUGGAUUCUCCAAUCACAAGAAAAGACUGCAAGCAGUUCAAGCCAGAUUGCAUGCCAUCUCUAUUUUAGUGUAUUCCAACGCUCUGCAGGAGUCUGCAAAUAGCAUUCUGUACAAUGGCUUAAUUGAAGAGCUGGUGGAUGUACUUCAGAUUACUGACAAGCAGCUCAUGGAUAUUAAAGCAGCCUCUCUGCGCACUUUAACUUCAAUUGUUCACCUGGAAAGAACACCAAAGCUCAGUAGCAUCAUUGACUGUACAGGGACCGCAUCGUACCAUGGGUUCCUACCUGUGCUUGUCAGAAAUUGUAUACAGGCAAUGAUUGAUCCUUUGAUGGAACCUUACCCUCACCAGUUUGCUACAGCUUUGUUUUCCUUCCUGUAUCACCUGGCUAGUUAUGAUGCUGGUGGGGAAGCUCUUGUAUCCUGUGGAAUGAUGGAGGCCCUGCUAAAGGUUAUAAAGUUCCUUGGAGAUGAGCAGGACCAGAUCACUUUUGUGACACGAGCUGUGAGGGUAGUAGACCUAAUAACAAACCUGGACAUGGCAACAUUUCAGGCUAAUAGUGGAUUAUCCAUAUUUAUUUGUAGGCUAGAGCAUGAAGUUGAGCUAUGUCGUAAAGAAUGUCCAUUUGUCAUAAAGCCCAAAAUCCAAAGGCAAAAUCCUACACAGGAGGGUGAUGAAAUGGAGACUGAUAUGGAAGUGACAGAGGUUGCAAUGGAAAGUAGUCCCGGUCCUUCUACUAUUGCUGAGAAUAGAGAUGAUCAUGAAGUUAGAAAUCAGACUUGUAGUGGUCCUGGUUAUACUAGUCGAGGAGGAGCUCAAUGUAUUCCUCAAAGAGCCGCCCUUCUCAAGUCAAUGUUGAAUUUUCUAAAGAAAGCCAUUCAGGAUCCUGCCUUCUCAGAUGGUAUUCGACAUGUUAUGGAUGGAUCCCUGCCUACCUCACUGAAGCACAUCAUCAGUAAUGCUGAAUAUUAUGGACCUUCACUUUUCUUGCUUGCAACUGAAGUGGUAACAGUGUUUGUAUUCCAGGAGCCUUCUCUUCUAUCCUCCCUGCAGGACAAUGGACUCACUGAUGUCAUGUUACAUGCUCUGCUUAUUAAAGAUGUACCUGCUACAAGGGAAGUCCUAGGCUCCUUACCCAACGUAUUCAGUGCUCUUUGUCUCAAUGCCCGUGGACUUCAGUCAUUUGUUCAGUGCCAGCCUUUUGAAAGGCUUUUUAAGGUUCUUCUCUCUCCUGAUUAUCUACCAGCCAUGAGACGACGUCGAAGCUCUGAUCCUCUGGGUGAUACAGCCUCAAAUUUGGGCAGUGCUGUAGAUGAAUUGAUGAGGCACCAACCUACCCUGAAAACUGAUGCAACCACUGCCAUUAUUAAGUUGCUGGAAGAAAUUUGUAACUUGGGUCGUGCCCCUGAAUACAUAUGUCAGAAGCCUUCAAUUCAGAAAGCUGAUGGCACUGCAUCUGCUCCACCUCCCCGCUCAAAUCAUGCAGCUGAAGAAGCUUCAAGUGAGGAUGAAGAGGAAGAGGAAGUACAAGCAAUGCAGAGCUUCAGUAAUGUACAGCAAGGAGAUCCUGAGCCUAUCCAACAAGUUGUGGGUACCGAAGAAAGAAUUCCUAUCCCACUUAUGGAUUACAUUCUCAAUGUGAUGAAGUUUGUUGAGUCAAUUCUAAGCAACAACACUACUGAUGACCACUGCCAGGAGUUUGUGACACAAAAGGGAUUGUUGCCACUGGUCUCUAUACUUGGGCUACCAAAUUUACCUAUUGAUUUUCCAACAUCGGCAGCUUGUCAAGCUGUUGCUGGAGUCUGCAAAUCUAUACUGACUUUAUCACAUGAACCUAAAGUUCUACAAGAGGGUUUACUGCAGCUUGAUGGAAUCCUAUCAUCGCUAGAGCCUUUGCACAGACCUAUUGAUGCUCCUGGUGGUUCAGUUCUUUUGCGUGAACUUGCAAAUGCAGGAAAUGUUACUGAUGCAACAUUGUCUGCUCAGGCUACACCAUUAUUGCAUGCUCUCACUGCUGCACAUGCUUACAUAAUGAUGUUUGUCCACACAUGCAGAGUUGGGCAGAGUGAAAUUCGAGCCAUCUCUGUAAACCAGUGGGGCUCCCAGCUAGGUCUUAAUGUUCUAAAUAAACUAAGUCAACUUUACUGUUCACUGGUGUGGGAGAGCACAGUAUUACUUUCACUCUGUACACCUAAUAGCCUUCCCCCAGGAUGUGAAUUUGGACAAGCAGACAUGCAAAAACUAGUUCCAAAGGAAGAGAAAGGCAUGACUGUUGCAGCCUCUGGUGUCAGAAAGCCAGAAGGGGACUCUGACUCUUCAACACUAAGCAACUCUAGUGCUGUUGAGCAUUCUGCCCAGGGAUUGCUGGAGGGAAUAGGACUUGAUGGAGAUGCCCUUGCACCAAUGGAGACUGAUGAGCCAAGCACAUCUGACUCAAAAAGCAAAUCUAAACUUACCCCAGCAAUGGCUGCACGCAUCAAACAAAUCAAACCGUUGCUGUCUGCAUCUUCUCGACUGGGACGGGCCCUAGCAGAACUUUUUGGGCUUUUGGUGAAGCUUUGUGUUGGCUCACCUGUUCGACAAAGGAGGAGUCAUCAUGCGGCUAGUACAACAACUGCUCCAACACCUGCUGCUCGCUCUACAGCAUCCUCUCUGACUAAACUGUUAACAAAAGGAUUGUCCUGGCAGCCUCCUCCUUACACUCCCACUCCACGAUUUAGACUUACUUUCUUCAUAUGUUCUGUGGGGUUCACAUCCCCUAUGCUUUUUGAUGAGAGGAAGUAUCCAUAUCACCUGAUGCUGCAAAAAUUCUUCUGUUCUGGGGGACAUGAUGCUUUAUUUGAGACAUUUAACUGGGCUCUAUCAAUGGCUGGCAAGGUCCCUGUGUCAGAGGGACUUGAACAUCCAGAUCUUCCAGAUGGUACAGGGGAGUUUCUGGAUGCUUGGCUAAUGCUUGUGGAAAAAAUGGUAAAUCCUACUACUGUAUUGGAGUCGCCCCAUUCUCUCCCAGCCAAGCUUCCGGGAGGGGGACCAAACCAGCCUCAGUUUAGUGCUCUCCGAUUUCUAGUAGUCACCCAGAAGGCUGCAUUCAACUGUAUCCUGAACUUGUGGAACAGGAAACCUCUGAAAGUAUAUGGAGGCCGCAUGGCAGAGUCCAUGCUCGCCAUUCUCUGCCAUAUUCUCAGAGGUGAGCCAGUCAUCCGUGAACGUUUAUCCAAAGAGAAAGAUGGUGCUCGUGGAGGCGAGGAAGAAGGUGCUGCACCUGAAGAAGGUACUGCACAGAGAAGAGAGCCGCAAGUCAAUCAACAGCAGUUACAACAGCUUAUGGACAUGGGAUUCUCCAGGGAACAUGCCAUGGAAGCUCUUCUGAAUACCAGUACAAUGGAGCAAGCUACAGAGUACCUUCUCACACAUCCUCCACCUCUGCUGGGUGGUGUAGUGAGAGACCUGAGUAUGUCCGAAGAAGACCAAAUGAUGAGAGCAAUUGCAAUGUCUCUUGGCCAAGAUAUCUCCAUGGAGCAGCGCUCUGAUUCUCCUGAGGAAACAGCACGGCGUAAAGAGGAAGAAGAGCGCAAGACUCGAGAAAAGCAAGAGGAGGAAGAAGCUAAAUGUCUAGAAAAGUUUCUUGAUGCAGAGCCUCUCGUACCUGAUGAAUUGCAUAAGUUUACUGACACCAUGCUUCCAGGUUGCUUUCACUUGCUGGAUGAGCUGCCAGACACAGUGUAUCGUGUUUGUGACCUUAUUAUGACUGCUAUCAAAAGGAAUGGAGCUGAUUAUCGAGAUAUGAUAUUGCGGCAGGUAGUCAACCAGGUUUGGGAGGCUGCUAAUGUGUUAAUCAAAGCUGCUUUACCACUUACUACUAGUGAUACCAAAACUGUUUUAGAAUGGACAAGUCAAAUGGCUACACUUCCACAAGCCUCCAAUCUUGCAACACGUAUCCUGCUGCUCACGCUUCUCUUUGAGGAGUUGAAACUGUCUUGUGCUCGCAUCGUGGAGAAUAGUGGGAUUCUCAAUGUGUUGAUAAAGCUGCUUGAGGUUGUUCAGCCCUGCCUGCAGGCUGCAAAGGAGCAGAAAGAAGUGCAAACUCCAAAGUGGAUAACGCCUGUAUUGCUUCUUAUUGACUUCUAUGAGAAAACAGCAGUGUCAUCAAAAAGAAGGGCACAAAUGAACAAGUAUUUACAACCAAACAGUAACAACUGGAGAUGGUUUGAUGACCGAUCUGGCCGAUGGUGCAGCUAUAGUGCCAGUAACAAUAGUACAAUUGAUACUGCAUGGCGAGCUGGUGAGAGCAGUGUUAGGUUCACAGCCGGAAGGAGGCGUUAUACUGUCCAAUUCAACACCAUGGUGCAAGUAAAUGAAGAAACUGGUAACAGAAGACCAGUAAUGCUUACCGUGCAACGCUUGCCCCGUAUUGGGAAAAGUGGAAAAAAUGGCAAUGGGCAAGACUUGGAUAAAACCCUUGAAGAGAGCAAAGAAACUGCAGAACCUGGACAAAUUAAACCUGAAGAGAAGCCGACGGCAGAUCUUGUAACUUCACCAGAGAUGAAUGGGACCCUGAGUGUAACUAUGAAAGAGAAGGACCGUGAAGAUUCCCUCUCUGUUUCAACAAGUAGUACCAUAUCUUGUCAGGAGAAUUCUGGCUUUGGCGAGUCUGCAGCAGCUAUUGUAAUUCAAGGUCUUUCUGAAGACAUGACAACUGUGCUAAUUCGAGCUUGUGUUAGCAUGAUCAGUGUACCAGUUGACCCUGACACACUGCAUGCCACGCUAAGACUUUGCUUACGUCUUACACGUACACAUCAAUAUGCUAUGAUGUUUGCAGAACUGAAGAGUACACGAAUGAUCCUUAACCUGACCCAGAGUUCUGGCUUCAAUGGCUUUACUCCUUUAGUCACACUAUUGUUCAGACACAUUAUAGAAGACCCUGCAACUUUGAGACAUACAAUGGAGAAGGUUGUCCGUUCAGCAGUUACAAGUGGUGCUGGAAGUACCACAUCAGGAGUUGUUUCAGGUAGCCUUGGCUCUCGAGAAAUAAAUUAUAUUUUACGAGUGCUGGGUCCUGCAGCAUGCCGAAAUCCUGAUUGUUUUACUGAAGUGGCUAUGAAUUGCAUUCGUAUUGCCUUACCUGCGCCUAGAGGAACUGGAACAGCUUCUGAUGACGAGUUUGAAAACCUACGUAUCAAGGGUCCUAAUGCUGUCCAGCUUGUAAAAACCACCCCACUAAAGCUGUCCCCUCUUCCUGCUAUUCCUGAUCCAAUCAAAGAGGUCAUUUAUGAUAUGCUUAAUGCCCUGGCAGCAUACCAUGCUCCUGAGGAAGCAGAUCGCACAGAAACCCGCAUGGUAACUGUAGCUGGCAGUCAGGAAUUGUGCCAGAUCCUGCAAGAUGUAGGAGAUGAUGUUUAUCACCAGUAUAGACUUACCCGGCAAGGCAGUGACUUCGAUUCACAAACUGGCUUCAGCUUAAAUUCUCAGGUAUUUGCUACAGAUGGUAGUGCUGCAGAGUCUUCUCAAUCAGGAACACCUCAGGGUGAAGCAUCCACACCUGAGGAACCUCGGGAAGGAAAAAAAGACAAGGAGGGUGAGAAAGUCCCUGAAGAUCAGAAACUGAAGUCAAAAGGGAGCAAACCACUAAUGCCAACCUCAACAAUUUUGAGACUGCUGGCCGAGCUGGUUCGCUCCUAUGUUGGUAUUGCAACUCUAAUUGCUAAUUACUCAUACACAGCUGGACAGUCUGAGCUAAUAAAAGAGGAUUGCAGUGUCUUGGCAUUUGUUCUUGACCAUCUUCUACCACAUACUCAAAGUGCAGAGGACAAGGACACACCUGCUUUGGCAAGGUUGUUUUUGGCUAGUCUUGCUGCUGCAGGCACUGGAACAGAUGCUCAGGUUGCACUUGUCAAUGAGGUGAAGUCUGCCCUGUCUCGGGCACUGGCAAUGUCAGAGAGCACAGAGAAGCAUGCCAGAUUGCAGGCAGUGAUGUGUAUUAUUAGUACUAUCAUGGAGUCCUGCCCCUCCACAUCUAGUUUCUACAGCACAGCAGCUGCCAAGACCCAGCAUAAUGGCAUGAAUAACAUUAUCCGCCUCUUUCUCAAGAAAGGUCUGGUAAAUGAUUUGGCGAGGGUCCCACACAGUCUAGAUCUUUCAAGUCCUAAUAUGGCCAAUACUGUUAAUGCUGCUCUGAAGCCCCUUGAGACUCUAUCUCGUAUUGUUAAUCAGCCAAGCAGUCUGUUCAGUAGCAAAAGUGCUUCCAAUAAGAACAAGAAUGAGCAGGAUCAGCAUGAGACCACCCGGGAUACAAACAGUAAUGUACCUGACACAGUGGAUACUAGUGAAACAGAAGCUCAUGAAGAGGAUUCUACACCUGCAGGAGUAACUGAUCCAGAUAUAAUGGAUGGUGAGACAGAGGCUGAUAGCGUCGUUAUUGCUGGACAGACUGAAGGCCUCAAUCCUCAAGAAAUGCAGGUUGAAAGUGAACUAGUUGACCUCAUCGAUGAGCUUUUGGAGCGGGAUGCUGGUACAGUAAACAGCACCAUCAUUGUAGGCCGAAAUGGAGAAGAUGAAUCUCAAGAGGAUGUUUUAAUGGAUGAAGCACCCUCAAAUCUGAGCCAAGCAACCACUUUGCAAGCCAACAGAGAAGAUGCUGUAAUAAGGGUGGGUCUAUCUCCUGCUCUUACAGAUUCAAUGAAUAUUCUUGACCCAGAGGAUGAAGAGCAUACGCAAGAAGAAGACAGCAGUGGGAGCAAUGAAGAUGAAGAUAGUCAAGAUGAGGAGGAGGAGGAAGAGGAAGAAGAUGAGGAAGAUGAUCAGGAUGAUGAAGAGGGGGAAGAAGGAGAUGAGGAUGAUGAUGAUGAUGGCUCUGAGAUGGAGCUGGAUGAAGAUUACCCUGAUAUAAACACAGCCCCUCACAUACGAUUUGAAAGGUUUGACCGUGAAGACGAUCUCAUCAUUGAAUUUGACAACAUGUUCUCCACAGCUACGGAUAUCCCCCCUUCUCCUGGCAAUAUUCCCACUACACACCCCCUAAUGGUACGCCAUGCAGAUCACAGUGCCUUAACCUUAGGAGCCGGCAACUCCACUACUCGUCUUACUCAAGGCAUUGGGCGAAGCCAGAGGACUCUGCGCCAACUCACUGCUAAUACAGGACACACAAUUCAUGUGCACUAUCCUGGGAAUAGACAGCCAAACCCACCGCUGAUUCUGCAGAGGUUGCUUGGACCUUCUGCUGCAGCAGAUAUUCUACAGCUAUCUAGCAGUCUUCCACUUCAGUCUAGAGGUAGAGCUCGCUUACUUGUUGGGAAUGAUGAUGUACAUAUCAUUGCAAGAUCUGAUGAUGAGCUGCUGGAUGAUUUCUUCCAUGAACAAAGUGCCACUGGUGGGCAAGCGGGUACAUUGUCUAAUAUUCCUACUGCUUUGACUCGGUGGACUGACGAGUGCAAGGUGCUAGAUGCAGAGAGCAUGCAUGACUGUGUGGCAGUGGUGAAAGUCCCAAUUAUUCAGCAUUUAGAAUCUCUUCGUGAUGAAGAGCUGGAGGAACGACGAGAAAAGCGAAGGAAGCAACUUGCUGAUGAAGAAGAAGCAAAACAGAAUGAAAAGUCAUCUGGAGGGGAAUUAGAACCAGGCUUACAGUUUUCACCUCAGGGUACUGGGACUCACACAUCAAGUUCAACAGUACAGAAUCCAACAGAUGUUGAUCAGCCUCAACUUGUGUCCUCCUCCCUGGAUACCUCACGGGGAUCUGAAGGAUACCUCACAGCCCCACCAUCAGGGGAGGGAACUCCAACUGCUCCAGAAUCUUUGGUCAGUUUAGAGACUGCUGUCAGUCAGCAGCAUCCCAUUGUGGAGCUCUUGCCUGGUGAUGUGGUGACAGAGCCUAAUUUGGAUUCAUCAGCUGCUGUGGCUACUGCUGAUCUUAGUGACCCCACAGCUAACCGUACUACAAAUGAGGUUGAAGCAUCACAAAUGGAGAUGUCACCAGCUCCCACCAUAGCCUCUUUGUCACCAGAACGGGCAGAAGGCUCAGAUGCACUCACAGCCGUCAGUUCUCACUUAGAAGGUUCUCCUAUGGACACUAGCAGCCCUGCUUCAGCUGGAACACUAGAGGAGCCAUCAGGAGAUACCAAUGUAACAACUGCUGGAAAUAGUGGUGGUGACAGGAGCCUUCAAGGUGGUGGAGUUAGUAGUGUGAAUGAGCCGCUAAGAGAAGGAGAUAGCAGUGUUGUUUCCGUGUCUACACUGGUAGAGGGGCUUGGUGAUGGAGGCUCACAAGCUGCACAGACAAUUCUAGAAGAGCCUCUCCCUUCUACCAGCAGCGAGGAAGAGGAUCCUCUUGCUGGUAUUAACCUUCCUGAGGGAGUAGACCCUUCUUUCUUGGCAGCUCUGCCAGAAGAUAUCCGUAGGGAAGUAUUGCAGAAUCAGCUUGGUAUUCGACCACCUGCUCGCCCAGUUCCUACAGCAACUGUUCCUACUCCAACACCUGCUCUGGUAGGGAGUGCUGGAGUUACAGAAGUCAGUCCUGAGUUUCUGGCUGCACUGCCACCUGCCAUUCAGGAAGAGGUACUGGCACAGCAGCGUGCCGAGCAACAACGUCGUGAGCUCUCACAGGCAGCCACUGGUGACACACCUAUGGACCCUGUCACUUUUAUUCAGACUCUACCUUCAGACUUGCGACGCAGUGUGCUGGAAGACAUGGAAGACAGUGUGUUGGCUGUCAUGCCUCCAGAUAUUGCUGCUGAAGCACAGGCACUCCGGAGAGAGCAAGAAGCUCGUCAGAGACAGCUUAUGCAUGAGAGACUUUUUGGCCACAGUGGUUCUUCUGCACUUUCUGCUAUCCUUCGCAGCCCAGCAUUCACCAGCCGUCUGAGUGGUAAUCGGGGAGUUCAGUACACUCGUUUAGCUGUUCAAAGAGGGCCUUUUCAUAUGGGAGGCAGUGGCAGUCAUAACAGACCCUCAAGUUCUAAUGUGGACUCACUGCUGCGUUUACGUGGUCGUCUUCUCUUGGACCAUGAGGCUCUGUCUUGUCUCCUUGUACUACUCUUCGUGGAUGAGCCUAAACUGAACACUAGUCGCUUACACAGAGUACUGCGAAAUUUGUGUUACCACAUGCAAACGCGAAACUGGGUAAUAAGAAGCCUGCUGUCAAUUUUACAGAGGAGCAGUGAAAGUGAGCUCUGUAUAGAGAGCCCCAGGCUUGCCAGUGUUGGUGGAGAUGAAAGGGGAAGCAAACGUCCUACAUCUGUCCCAGGUUCUGGUGUUGGGAAAGGUAUACCUGUAAUGUCCGCCUCAUCCUCUUUGGAAUUGCUUCAUAAGAUGGAAUCAAGAAGUUCAAGCCAACUGUCCUGGCUGUCUGUAUCAAUGGAUGCUGCUCUAGGCUGUAGGACAAAUAUCUUCCAAAUUCAGCGCUCUGCGGGUCGGAAGCAUACAGAAAGGCAUGCUGGUUGUGGCUCUACUGUCCAUAUCCACCCCCAAGCUGCUCCUGUGGUUUGCAGGCAUGUGCUGGACACACUUAUUCAGCUUGCUAAGGUAUUUCCUAGCCAUUUUACACAGCAGCGUCCAAAGGACCCCCAUUCGUCAGAAAAUGAUGGCAAAGAAAGAUUGUAUGCUGUAGGUAGUGGAGGAGGAAAGCCCCUCACUGGUAUAGGAGUGACGCCUCCUUGUCAAGCAACACACCCACCAACUGCUUUCAGCAAUCCUCAGAUGCAGGGCCUGGGCAUCUCCACAGACUUUUGGGACCUCCUUGUCAAGUUAGACAAUAUGAAUGUGAGCCGCAAAGGGAAAGCCUCAGUGAAAUCUUUGCCUGUAGGUGGAACUGGGGAAUCUGAAGGAACACAAUGUAGCCUAGAAGCUUCCCCCCUAGGCCAGUUAAUGAACAUGCUCUCCCACCCAGUCAUUCGCCGGAGUUCUCUACUCACUGAGAAGCUGCUUCGAUUGCUCUCUCUUAUUUCAAUAGCACUCCCUGAUAACAAAGCAACUGAGGUGCCUGUAAGUCAUGCAGGAACAGGCACUCCAGCUGUCACUCAACCUGUGCCUGCAGGCUCCACCACUACUGGAACAACAGGCAUUACCUCGGUCAGCACCACUGUUGCAACUGCAGUCACUACGACAAUCUCUGCCAGUACGACGGCACUGUCCGUCCAAAAGCCAUCUCGUUCAUCUGCCAUUGCAACUCAAGAUUCAUCCAGCACAUCUGACAAAAUGGCAUCCAGUGGACUGACUGAAAAGCAGCUACAGCUCUCAGUAGAGGUUUUGACGUCACACUCGUGUUCUGAAGAAGGUCUGGAAGAUGCUGCAAAUAUUUUGCUCCAGCUUUCAAGGGGAGAUGCAGGAACAAGAGACACUGUUCUCAAACUGUUACUCACUGGUGCUCGCCAGUUAGGCUAUACACUAUGCAAACAGAUUGGUACUUUGCUUGCAGAGCUACGUGAAUAUAACCUAGAGCAGCAGAGACGAGCUCACUCAGAUGCACAUUCUCCUGAUGGCAUGCAAGAAGACCAACCACACAGUGCAAAACUGAAGGGCAAGAUGACUAGCAGGUUUGAUACAGCUGAGAAUGUUGUGAUUGUGGCAUCACAGAAACGUACCCUGGGUGGGCGAGAGCUGCAGCUGCCUUCCAUGAGUUCACUUACCUCCAAGACCUCAACCCAGAAGUUCUUUUUGAGGGUGCUUCAGGUUAUCAUUCAGUUAAGAGAGGACACACGACGAGCCAACAAGAAAGCCAAGCAAACUGGGAGACUAGGUACAUCCAGCCUGGGCUCGGCCAGCAGUAUCCAAGCCGCUGUGCGUCAGCUGGAAGCUGAGGCAGAUGCCAUUAUCCAAAUGGUACGUGAGGGGCAGAGAGCCAGGAGACUGCAGCAAUCUUCUGCCACUACCACCACAGCAUCCGCCACGCCGGAGGCCCCUGCAGUUGAGGUUCAGCCAGCACGCAGGGAUGAGUCUCCAAUGGAUGUUGACCAGCCCUCUCCUUCUGGACAAGAAGCCCCUUCAGCUGAAUCAGUUAGUACCUCUGGGAGCUCUGUACCAGCAGAGCGAGAGGAGAAAGUUCCAGAGUUACCUCUGCUUAGUGAGCAGCUGUUAUUGGAUGAGCUGUGGGACAUGUUGGGCGAGUGUUUGAAAGAACUUGAGGAAUCACAUGACCAACAUGCAGUUCUUGUUCUCCAGCCAGCUGUGGAGGCUUUCUUCCUUGUUCAUGCUACUGAGCGUGAAAGCAAACCACCAGUUCGUGAUACACGAGAAAGUCAGUUGGCUCAUAUUAAAGAUGAGCCCCCCCCUUUGUCUCCAGCACCUCUUACCCCAGCAACUCCAUCUUCUUUGGACCCCUUUUUUUCAAGAGAACCUUCAUCUAUGCACAUCUCUUCUAGUUUACCACCAGACACACAGAAAUUUCUUCGAUUUGCAGAAACGCAUCGUACAGUCCUUAAUCAGAUUCUGCGUCAGUCCACCACUCAUCUUGCAGAUGGUCCCUUUGCUGUUUUGGUCGACUAUAUCAGAAUACUAGAUUUUGAUGUAAAACGCAAGUAUUUUCGUCAGGAAUUGGAACGCUUGGAUGAAGGACUUAGAAAAGAAGACAUGGCUGUCCAUGUAAGGAGGGACCAUGUUUUCGAGGAUUCUUACAGAGAGCUGCAUCGCAAAAGUCCUGAAGAAAUGAAGAACAGAUUGUAUAUAGUAUUUGAAGGAGAGGAGGGCCAAGAUGCUGGGGGUCUGCUCCGUGAGUGGUAUAUGAUCAUCUCCAGGGAAAUGUUUAACCCUAUGUAUGCACUGUUUCGCACCUCUCCUGGAGACAGAGUUACGUAUACAAUUAAUCCAUCAUCUCAUUGCAAUCCCAACCACCUUAGCUAUUUUAAAUUUGUUGGACGGGUGGUAGCUAAGGCUGUAUAUGACAACCGGCUGCUUGAAUGCUAUUUUACCAGGAGCUUCUACAAGCAUAUUCUAGGCAAAAGUGUUAGGUAUACAGACAUGGAAAGUGAAGAUUACCACUUUUACCAAGGCUUGGUUUAUUUGCUGGAGAAUGAUGUUUCCACUUUAGGAUAUGAGCUCACAUUUAGCACUGAGGUUCAAGAAUUUGGUGUUUGUGAAGUCCGUGACCUUAAGCCUAAUGGAGCAAAUAUUCUUGUGACUGAAGAAAACAAGAAAGAGUAUGUGCACUUAGUUUGUCAAAUGAAGAUGACAGGUGCAAUACGAAAACAGCUUGCAGCAUUUUUGGAAGGGUUUUAUGAAAUCAUUCCCAAAAGACUCAUUUCCAUUUUCACUGAGCAGGAACUUGAACUUUUAAUAUCUGGCCUCCCUACAAUUGACAUUGAUGACCUCAAGGCUAACACAGAGUACCAUAAAUAUCAGUCCAGUUCUAUACAGAUACAGUGGUUCUGGAGGGCUUUGCGCUCCUUUGACCAGGCGGACCGUGCCAAGUUCCUUCAGUUUGUAACUGGGACCUCCAAAGUACCACUGCAAGGUUUUGCAGCUCUGGAGGGAAUGAAUGGUAUUCAGAAAUUUCAGAUUCACAGAGAUGAUCGAUCAACAGACAGACUGCCUUCUGCCCACACCUGUUUCAACCAGCUAGACCUGCCGGCAUAUGAAAGCUACGAGAAGCUAAGGCACAUGCUGCUACUAGCCAUUCAGGAGUGCUCAGAGGGCUUUGGCCUGGCAUAGUCCUUAGCUGUGCUCCUCACUACUUGCAUUUGUUUGUCAUUGAGCCUUCUGACUCGACUUGAACCUUGGAAGCCUUGGAAAUUGGCGUGCCGAGACGCUUGUUACCUACCACAGAUGAACACAGCUUGAAAUUUACUGUUGCCAGGAAUGCAGAGUAAGCCAGUGAGGCUGUGGACAUGCGAUGUGGCAUAAGGGGGCAUGGAAAAAGAGGCUUUUUGUCCUCCGAGAAAGACUUCUAAAGUAAACAUUUUGGAAAAAAAUAAAAAAUUAUAGAUGACAUCCUGUUUGCAUCUCUAUUUUUGAGCUUGGAAUAUGUGAUGACAUUAUAAGUGCACAGAUCUGUACCAAGACAUUUUAAAGUGAAUGUGCUGGGAAGCAAGUGAUUGUUCUAGGGUUUGGGUGCACCAAAUAAUAAAACGAUAAAAGUAAAAUUUAAUAUCUGAGGAAACCGUUCUGCUGCAGCCUGAGCUCUACAUGGCCUCCCAAUCCUUUUCUGGUUGUCCAUCUCUUUUUCUGCUGUUGCUGAACAUCUAGCUGCUUGUAAGAAAAAGUGUAUAUAUAUCUAUAUAUAAAUAUAUAUAUAUACAUACAGCUUAAUUUAAUUGAAUGCAAUUUUUUCACUUUGUAAAUAACAGGAAGCAGACUGUUCCUUCAUGGAUCAGAAAUAUAAAUGAAAGUGAUUAAGAAUUAUCUUAAUCUGAAAGAUCUGCGCUAAGGUGGGCUUUGCAAAUGACCUUUUUGGGCUUGUUUAUAGCACACCAUCUCUGGACAAUAUGAUGAUCUUGGAGUGUGGUGUGUGUGAGAGUGACUUGUUCACACCUUGGAUGUUGCUUACUUGCAGCAUGGAUGCUAGUGAUGGAGAUGUCAUACCCCAGUGUCAGAGUUCUGCUGGGAGAGUCCUCUCGUGGAACCCAACAGUACCACCAAAUUAAGCCAUAGGCCUUUUAACAAAUACAAGUAAAUACCAGAAAGCCUUCUGUUUUGGUUAGCAGUGCAGAGAGUAUGAGCUGUUUGUAAAUUUAAGCUUAAGUUGGGGUGUUUUUGCCCUCCCAUAAAUUGUUUCUAUAAAACAUGUUAAUUCUUCAAAUCUUUUAACUUGAGCACAUUUCCUGCAUCUAAUCAUAGAGGUGAUUUGUUCUAGUGUGGGGAUAAGACGGCUAUAAUCAGCCGCUCACCUCACAGCCCAAACAGAUCUGUAGCCCGGGGUCUUCUCACACGGGCUGCUUGUCCUGAAGUUGAUUUCUUUUUUGCUCUUCCUCACUGUUUUGUUGAUGUUCAAGCUCCAGUCCAAAUCUGUAAAUGUUUGGCGUUUAGUCAGCAACAGUAUGUAUGGAGACGGGCAACAGCUUCAUUUGUAUCAGAAGGGAUGGAAAGGGAGCUGCAGGCUUUACCACUGCUUAGAAAUUUAAAAUGUUUCAAAAAUUGGGAGAAUUUUCAAUAAAGGUUUAGUUUGAAGCAAA